UUCACAGACCCACAAAUCAUCUCUUUCCCUACUUCGCCCAUUUCCAUUUUCCCUUCAAUUUCCUUUAGAUCCCUCCAAUAGAAACAUUCCCCUCGCUUUUCUAGGAGAAAGAAAGAAAAAAGAACAGACUUCCCAAGAAAAGAAAAAUACAAUAUGAGAGAAAUUCUUCACAUCCAAGGUGGGCAAUGCGGGAACCAAAUCGGAGCUAAAUUCUGGGAAGUGAUAUGCGACGAGCAUGGAAUUGACCAUACGGGAAAGUACAGUGGAGAUUCAGAUCUCCAACUUGAAAGAAUUAAUGUGUAUUAUAAUGAGGCAAGUGGUGGUAGAUAUGUGCCCCGUGCCGUUCUUAUGGAUUUGGAACCUGGCACUAUGGACUCAGUUAGAUCUGGUCCUUUUGGUCAGAUCUUUAGACCUGAUAAUUUUGUUUUUGGUCAAUCUGGUGCUGGUAAUAAUUGGGCUAAAGGACAUUACACUGAAGGAGCUGAAUUGAUUGAUUCUGUUCUCGAUGUUGUCAGGAAAGAAGCUGAGAAUUGUGAUUGCUUGCAGGGAUUUCAGGUUUGUCACUCACUGGGUGGAGGCACUGGUUCUGGCAUGGGAACUCUUCUUAUUUCUAAGAUCAGGGAGGAGUAUCCUGAUCGCAUGAUGUUGACAUUUUCUGUCUUUCCUUCUCCAAAGGUGUCUGACACAGUUGUUGAGCCGUACAAUGCCACUCUUUCUGUUCAUCAGCUUGUGGAAAAUGCUGAUGAAUGUAUGGUCUUGGACAAUGAGGCAUUAUAUGACAUCUGCUUCCGCACUCUCAAGCUCGCUACUCCAACUUUUGGUGAUCUUAACCACCUUAUAUCUGCUACCAUGAGUGGUGUUACCUGCUGCCUCCGGUUCCCUGGACAGCUAAACUCUGAUCUUCGCAAGCUUGCAGUUAACCUUAUCCCAUUCCCUCGCCUCCACUUCUUCAUGGUUGGGUUUGCACCCUUGACUUCCAGAGGAUCACAACAGUACAGGGCUCUGACUGUGCCAGAACUGACCCAGCAGAUGUGGGAUGCCAAGAACAUGAUGUGUGCCGCUGACCCACGACAUGGCCGCUAUCUAACUGCUUCAGCAAUGUUCCGCGGUAAAAUGAGCACUAAAGAAGUUGAUGAGCAAAUGAUAAAUGUCCAGAACAAGAACUCUUCAUACUUUGUUGAGUGGAUCCCCAACAACGUCAAGUCUAGCGUCUGUGACAUCCCACCAAAGGGUCUCAAGAUGGCAUCUACUUUUAUUGGGAAUUCGACAUCCAUCCAGGAAAUGUUCAGGCGUGUCAGCGAGCAAUUCACAGCAAUGUUCAGGCGCAAGGCUUUCUUGCACUGGUACACUGGUGAGGGUAUGGAUGAAAUGGAAUUUACUGAGGCUGAGAGCAACAUGAAUGAUCUGGUGGCCGAGUACCAGCAGUAUCAGGAUGCAACCGCUGAUGAUGAGGAGUACGAGGAGGAAGAAGGGGAGGAAAUAUGACAUCUGUCUUUUUUUUUCCUUUUCGUUUUUUCAGUUCUUCUGAAGUCUGUAUCUUGUUGGCUCUUUGUUGUGAGUGAUUAUAUAUGUAUAUUGAUUGAUGUCUCAAGGGUCAAAGGAGAUUGACAUGUUGAUGUGUAUGGGGUGUACCAAAGAUGGGUCUUUUUGUGACUGUUUUUGUUUUUAAUUGCAGUGAUGUAUGUUUGUAUCUAGUAAAUAAAAACGAAUUGAAAUGUUAA